UUUGCGACCAGACGUAGGUUGUUUUGUCCAAGAUGGCAGCGUCCACAAUACUACUGCCGUGAGCUUUUAACAGCGCAGACUAGACUAUUAAAUUACCCGUGUAUGAGUACAACGACAUUCCACAUACUAUCUCGCUUAAAUGCUGCAUUUGCAAACGGAUACUGUAGGUUAUCACAUACUGUAGGUUAUAAUAAAACGCGCCGUUUGACAUGUACUAGUACUGCGUUCGGAAUAAUGUGAAGUUUACAUUAGUAACACAUUACUUAGGUCGUAUUUGAGAUUUCUCUAAUGAUCUGCUUCGAUAGAGCUUUAGAUGUAUUCCCAGGAACUAAUAUACAUUUUUUUUUUCUGAUUUACAUUUAAAUAGUUCUCAAUUUUAACUAACUCCCAGUAUACGCUAAAUAUUAGAGAACUGUACUAGUAAUACCACUAUCUUAAGUAGUUUACAUGUUACCUUCAAUCGGGCGGUCAGCGGUUAAUAUCAUGUCUAUGCAGCUAUCAAAGAGAAUUUGUCUCAGUUUGUUAAAUAGCGGCUGCAGAAGUCUCAGUCUAUUUUCAAACUCAUCUCCUUCAAACUGGAGUAAAGUUGUUUCUGAUGCCGAGAAGAUUGUGGGAUAUCCUACCUCGUUCAUGAGCCUUCGCUGUCUCCUGAGUGAUGAACUGAGUAAUGUCGCCAUGCAGGCCAGAAAGCUGGUCGGAACGAAACACCCGUUACUCAAUACAGCCAGGGGGUUUGUCUACGACAGCAGGAAUAAUCUCCAGAUGAGAGGCUUGGUUGUGCUACUGAUGUCCAAAGCAGCAGGACCCAACACAGCAGCAGAGGCCUGUCUGCAACAGGAAAUGGUGAGCGGAAUCUACCCAAGCCAGCGCAAUCUAGCUGAGAUAACAGAACUGAUUCAUACUGCUUUCCUGGUGCAUCGUGGGAUAGUGAACCUAAAGGAGUGGACCAAUUCUGAUGGCCCACUGAAGGACAUGCAGUUUGGAAACAAAAUGGCUGUCUUAAGCGGAGACUUCCUUCUCGCCAAUGCAUGUACUGGUCUGGCGCAACUCAAUAACACCAAGGUGGUUGAACUAUUAUCGAGUGCUAUCGGUGACUUAGUGCAAGGCAUAUACUAUGAGAACUCUAUACAAGGGGAGGAGAACAACAUGACAGAUGACAUCAAAAUAGCUUCAUGGGAGGAGCAGGCCUUUCUAUCCCAUGGUGCUUUGCUGGCAAAGAGCUGUCGGGCAACACUGGAGUUAGCUAAACAUGACGCCGAGGCCCAGGCUUUGGCAUUUCAGUAUGGCAAACACAUGUCCCUCGGCCACAAGUUAAACUCGGACCUGCAGCCCUUUCUCAAAGGUAGUUCAAGUGACGCUGGGUCUUUUAGUUUAAAUUCAGCUCCUGUCGUCCUGCAUCAAGAAGCGAUUGGCCGUGAAGGAUGGAUUCACCAAAUUGAUCAGGCAACGCCCAAGGGAAGACAAGCUGACUAUGCAAAGUUGUGGAGAGCAAUCAAGGCUGGCAAAGGUGUGAGCUCUGCUAUCGACUUGUGCUGUUACCAUGGAAACAAAGCACUUGAGGCCAUCAAGUGCUUCCCUCCCUCUGAGGCCAGAUCUGCAUUGGAAAAUAUUGCCUUUGCUGUAACCAAAUUCUGAUACAAAAGAAAGACUUUAAAAUCUAUCAACACAUAUAUACUGUUUGUACUGUGUAUGUGAGCAUGUUUUUAAUAUAAUUUUUAAAAAGUA